ACCGAGCCAGCAGCUUACAACUUUACAACCUGAAAACAAAUCUUCAGAGUUCAUUUCACCAUUUCCCGGCCACAUUAAUUGAAGCUGACAGACUCCAGAUCCAGGAUGACUGACCAUUCAUCCAGCAAAGGGCAGAGGAGAAAGAGAGCAGCACAUGUUCCAGCUCCACAGCCUGCACCCAAGUCACCCAAGGUUGCCUUCCUCAGCCCCUCUCUUCUCCUGCUGGAAAUCCCUGCUGACUCCAACACCAGCCUCCCAGUGUGGGACGCCCUCAGGUCCCAGCAGGUUGAUGUUGCUUGGGCUGUUAACCCAUACAGCAUCAAUCUCCUUUUAACCCCAGUGCCCUCAAAGCAAGGUACGACUACAAGUCCAGGCAAGGAUGACAGCACUACUAACAUGGCGCAGAUGUCAGCCGCUCCUUCGAGCGUCAUGCAGCCUCAAAUGAUUAUCCAGUCCCUAGCUCAGCAAGAUGCCACCACCCAAAACACCUCCAAUAUCCUGCUCAGCUUCUCCCAAAAUGUCCCCAGCCUUCUGCCCAGACCUGGCCCCUGUGGUCAGACACAGAACGUGAUGUCAAGCGCGGUGUCGACCACCUCCCUGGUUGUCCCCCUGCCUCUCAUCAUCACGCAGUCGCCACCGGCUCUGCAGCCCAGCACCCCUGCAAAAAACGGGGCUCCUUGUUUCACCCGCACCCCAACAACCAGUCCCACCAAGCCUCCCGUCCAGCUAAAGCCACGGGUCUCCAGGCCCUUUCACACCAAGAGCUCCGAUGACAUCAGCAUCUGCGACCGUUUCCUCUUGAGUGUGUGUCAUAAAGGGGCUAAGUGUAAGAUGCACCACACUCCCUACCCCUUCCACUGGCAGCUGUGGUGUGUGAGCACGCACAAGUGGGUUGAUUUCCCUGCUCGCUCUCAGCUCUUGCUGGAGAGGGUCUACUGUGAUGUCAACUCAGAGACGGUUUCCAUCAAGGAUGGAAAUGACCUGUUCAAACUGGAUUUUGAAUCGAUGGAGUUGGACAGCCCAUGUAAAUAUGACGGGGUCAGACGACUGUCCAACACUGACGAUCCAGCCAAGAAUCCUCACUUCCCCAGCAAGUGGAAAAUCUACUGGUGGGAUAAUCUCAACUGGCUAGAGUACAAGGAGGAUGUGGCCAAGAAUCUGCUGGAGAAGAUGAAUGAGAAGGAGGCAGAGUGUUUCUUCAACAUCGGCUCCAAGCAGUACAGGGUGGAUUUCAUCAGCAUGACCCAAACCAAUAUCACCACAGGAUUCCAGAGGGAAAUACGCCGCAGACCCGCCUACCUCCCCCGUGCUGCCAUGGAGCCAUACCUGAAAACAGGCGUCCUCACUGGUUCCACACAGGCGCUCGCUGAGUCUCCUGCUGCCAACUUCAGCGUGGACCCUCUGCAGGAGUUCAGCUGCUGGUACCCCCCUGUGUGGAGUCUGGGGUCACAGCUGGACUGCAGCCUGGUGGACGUCCCCGAAGGCACGCAGGCCUACUACAAGAUCCUGAACCUGUUCCACGAGAGCCUGCCUGAGACCAAAGUGGAGAUUAUCAGCAUCGAGCAAAUCCAGAACCUCCUGCACUGGGACAAGUUCCAAAGACACAAGAGCUACAUGCUGAAUCAGCACCCGAAGACGAAGGAGCCUCUGGAGCAGCAUCUGUUCCACGGCACCACCAAGGAGGCUGCAGAGGACAUCUGCCACAACAACUUUGACCCUCGCAUGGCCGGGCUUAACGGAGCGUCCUAUGGUUAUGGGUCCUACUUCGCCUGCACUGCCGCUUUCUCCAACUCCUACUCGGCCAAGGUGGGGCCAAAUGAUGUUCGACACAUGUUCCUAGCCAAGGUCCUGGUGGGGAAAGUCAGUGUGGGGAGGAAUGGCUACCGCCGUCCCCCGCCUCUCAGCUCCAAGACGAAGCAGUACUGUCUCUACGACACCUGUGUGGAUAACCUGGAGAAACCCACCAUGUUUGUAGUUUUUGAUAGCUGUCAGUGCUACCCAUACUACCUCAUUAAGUACAAAGACCUGCCCAGAGUAGUUGAUAUGGCACAGUGAAAAACAUGUGGUUGAUAGUAGUUGUAAUCGUUCAGCUAGAUCUUGAGGGUAGACAAAUGUUCAUGUUGUUUUUGUCCUCAGCUGAAUUAUUAGAUUAUGUGCAAUGAAGUUUCACCUCAGCAGUGAAGGCAUGUGAGCAGACAAAUUGGUAUGUUAUAAUGUACAAUGUUGCCAUGUAUACUGUUACAAAUGCAAGCACUAUUUUUCAAAACAAUGUUUAUUUUGUUUACGGAACAGACAUUUUACACUGGUGGAAACAAUUAGAUUUUGUUUUACUCUCAAAGAUGUUCUCGAUCAAUUUAG